CCAACAGACAGUAUAUUUGCAUUACCAUUUACGGUGGUUAUGGUUUUUUUUAACUUAGCGUCCUUAACGAAUGCUACAUGAAAGCAUCUUUUAAAGAAUUUGUCACAACAAAGUCCCUUUUCAGAGUCCAGUACUUUUAAGCAGACAUACAUCACUCACGUAUCAAUAGUUGAAUUUCCUGUUUAUUAUAGGACAAACCUCAAAAAUCACUGCCACAUUUAACACUCCUUCCAUUUAGCCCUAGUUUUAUUUAUUUAUUUUUGCUAUGUUGAUAUCGAUUGAAAGUUCUGUUGUUCGGUAAUCCUUUACCUAUUCGAAUGAUUAUACUAUAGAGGAUUAAACUAAGUUAUAAAAAAAUGAUAACAGGCUUUCUUACUAUGAGUCUGCUUGCGAGUGUUAUCAAUCUUUUGUUUUUGUUAUGCGGAUGCUGUGCUAGUGAUAAUAUAACCUCAAUUUCCGAAAUGUCAAAUAAAUAUUUUUGCGUUACAAACGAGUAAUUACUUUAUUUUACCUUCUAGUUUGGGUGAAAUCAAAGUGGGAUACAACAUUUACUUUCAGCUAUUAAAACUUCUUGUUUAUCAUUCAUUAUAGUUACAAAGAAACGUCAAUCCAAGAACUUGUGCUAUCUAAACCUCUGUAAUAAGCAAAAUAGGUUUUACGUAAAAAUAACUAUUUUAAAUGGAGGAAUCAAGAUCUUUUUUAAUUCAAUUUUCAAAGCGCCCAAAAAGGAAUGUGUUCACAACUGUUGUUAUUUUAGGAGGAAUAAUAAUAGCUUUUUUAUUUGCUUACACAGCUUUUGGAGAGGACCAUGAGAAGAUAUCAUUAAAACAAGCAAAUAUUAUUUUUCGUCAUGGAGAUAAGACUCCUACCUCAGCGUAUUCAAAUGAUCCUUUCAAGGAAGCUAUAUUCUGGCCUGAAGGUUGGGGCCAGUUAACAAAGAAAGGCAAGAAGCAGAUGUACCAGUUGGGAGAACUUUUGCGAGUUCGGUAUGGCCAGUUUGUGGGUCCAUACUCUCUGCAGACUGUGAGAGUUGACAGCAGUGAUCACGACCGCUGUCUACAGAGUGCCGGAGCAUUGCUAGCAGGCUUCUUCCCUCCACAGGGUGAUCAAAUAUGGAACAGUAAACUGUUAUGGCAGCCGGUACCCAUUCAUGCCUUGCCACUUAAUUCAGAUAAGUUGAUAACAAUGAGAGCUCCAUGUCCCCUUUACAAUGAAGAACAGAGAAGUUCAGACAAAGUUUUGGCAGCAUCUUAUGAUGACAAAGAUCUUUACAAGUAUUUAAGUGAACACUCAGGACAAAACGUCUCAACUCUACUUGAUGUUGAGACACUUUUCAAUAUAUUAGAAAUAGAGAAAGAGAGUGGCAAGGACCUGCCCAGUUGGACUAUCUCAGUGUUCCCAGAAAAGAUGAAAGACAUAGCAGCUCUGGUCCUUGCCAGCUUUACCAAUACACCACUGAUGAAAAGACUUAGAGGAGGCCCGUUGGUUAAAGAAAUAAAAACUAACAUGGAAUCAUAUGUGAGUGGAGCAAGUAAACGUAAGCUGUCUCUUUACUCAGCUCAUGACACAACCCUGGUGAAUUUUAGACGUGCCCUUGGUUUCAAUGAUUUCACCUUCAAGCCACAGCUAGGAUCUGCCAUCAUAGUGGAGCUUCAUGUAAUCGAUAACAUUCCCCAGGUGGAGUUUUACUACCUUGACAGUUAUGCUGCUACUGCCACAGAAAGAUGGGAGGUCCCAGGUUGCCCUACUCCCUGUACUCUGGAUAAGUUCUCAGAGACAAUGGCGUCUGUUGUGCCCCUGGACUGGGAUGCUGAGUGUCAGUCUCAAGAACACUCAAGCUCAAGCUGAUAUUCAAACAAGAUUAAUUCUCUAUUUUUAACUUAUCAAAAAAGUAAUAUGUGUUUGUUAUAGACCAUUAGAAUCAUGAGAUAUUUAACUUCUUGGGUGUAACUGACUUUACGAAACUGUAAGUUAUGAUCCCUUUCAGUUGCACCCAUUCUUCAAUGUACUAUGUAUACGGUAAAAAGGUAACAAUUCAUCGUUGGUUUAAACAUAUAUUGUAUAGUUAAAUGAAGCCUUGUGGUUUCGCCAUGUCAAUAGCACAUAUCAUUAGUACUGUUAAGAUGUCACAAUCACAUGUAUUUUAUAUUUGAAGGAAUUGCAGUGUAAUGUAUGCCUAUGAUUAGGGCUGGGUACAUUGAUGGUAUUGAAACUAUUUUUAACAAAUUUACUGCUAAGGGGGUUAAUAUUGGCACCCUUCUGUCUUGUACUGCAGAUGUUAGGCGUAUUGGUAAAUCAGCAAGCCACAUAUACGGGAAUGACUUUGUAGUCUGAAACACUUGUAUUAGUUAUUUAUUGUUCUGUAAUUGCAAAUAAACAUUUUGUCUAUGAAUAUUUAUAGCAGAAUCUGGAGAAAAUUCAACCUAAAUGCAAAAACUGUACUUUGUAGGAGUUAUGAAAAAUGCAAAAAGCAAAAAAUACCAAAAUUUCUGGCAAUGCCCGAGUUGUCAAAACAGUAAGAAAUCAUAAAAAUAGGACAUAAAUGUAAUUUGGUAGUUUGGUAUUAUGUUGAGGCUACUAUUUUUGGACAGGAUUUCCUUAUUGGGGACCAAAAUAAAUUACAGUAUUAAAAAGAAUAGAUUUUAUUUAACCUAUUUUGAAAGUUACAAGUCAUUGCGAUGAACAGUUAUUGUAUUCUGCCUCCCAAAAGGAAGUGAUGUCAGUGAGAAUUUAGUUAAA